CACUCAGACAUCUGAAUCCAAACGGGAACGGGUCUGCGCCGGGAACGGGUGACAAAGGAUUACAGGGAAAGGGCGGCUGAAUAAUUACAAAUAAAGUCAAUAUCGGAGGACAAAUCGUUUCCCCUCUAGCACAACAUAUGAAUGGCUGCAGCAGCUUUGCAGAGAGGCCCGUGUUUCAGAUCUGACCCGGGAAUGGCUGGCGGAAUGGAGAAUCGCUCCAGGAAAAGGCAAGUUCUGUCUUUCUUUCUAUGUCUGUGUGUGUCCCUGGGGGCGUGUGAGACGAUCCGCUAUUCUGUGCCCGAAGAGAAGAAAAGCGGGUCACUAGUUACUAAUAUUGCAAAGGAUUUGAAACUGGAUGUAGGGAAAUUGUCUGGUCGCAGUGCUCGGCUAGUUUCUAAAAACACCAAAGAGUAUUUUGAGCUGAACACAGGAUCCGGGGAUGUGAUAAUAAAGGAGAAAAUAGACCGUGAAGAUCUGUGCGGACAGAGCGACCCGUGUUUGCUGCAAUUCGAAAUUGUGUUGGAAAAUCCACUGCAGCUGUACCGAAUAGAGGUGCAGAUCGAAGAUAUGAAUGACAAUUCCCCUAAAUUCUCCAAAAAUGAAUUCCCUUUGGAGCUGCCUGAACAGCUCCCCGUAAAUAGCCGCUUCCCCUUGGAAAGGGCCCAAGAUUCAGACAUAGGAACAAACGGCAUCCAGAGUUACGCAAUCAGCUCUAAUGAGCACUUCAGUCUGGAUGUGCAUUCCCGGGGGGACGGCAGUAAAUACGCGGAGCUGGUAUUAGAGAAACAAUUAGAUCGGGAGGCGCAGGCGCAGCUGAUGCUGAUUCUCACAGCUGCCGAUGGGGGCCUGCCACAGAGAACCGGCACAGCGCUAAUACGCAUUAAUGUGCUGGACAACAACGAUAACUUCCCGCAGUUUAGUCAGUCGGUGUACAAGGUGCAGUUAAUGGAAAAUAGUCCGAGGGACACUUUGGUCACUAAGGUGGAAGCCAGUGAUUUGGAUCAAGGUUCAAAUGCAGAAAUCACCUAUUCAUUCAGGCAGGUGCCUGACAGAUUCCUCAAGUUAUUCAAAUUAAAUCAAUCAUCUGGAGAAAUCGCUGUUAUGGGGUUAGUUGACUAUGAAGAAAGAAGCAGUUAUGAGAUGAACAUCCAGGCCACAGAUGGCGGGGGUCUAUAUGCGCACUGCAAAGUCCUAGUGCAGAUCGAGGACAUGAAUGACAACGCCCCAGAAGUGAAGCUAACAUCCCUCACCGGCACCAUACCCGAGGACUCCGCCCCUGAGUCAGUGGUGGCCCUGUUCAGUGUGAGAGACCGAGACUCUGGGGACAAUGGCAGAACGCUUUGCUCCAUUCAGGACAAUGUCCCUUUUGCUUUGAAGUCGACUCUGAAGGAUUAUUACCAGCUUGUUACACAAAAGCCCCUGGACCGAGAGAAAGUGCCUGAGUAUAACAUAACCAUCACAGCCACAGACCGGGGGAUUCCGAGGCUCACCUCAGUGAGGAUCGUCCGAGUUCAGCUAUCGGAUAUUAAUGACAACCCUCCGGUAUUUAAUGAAAGUUCGUACGUCAUGUACCUGAAGGAGAACAACCACCCGGGCCUGUUGAUUGGAACUGUCCAUGCUGCUGACGUAGACACAGAGCAGAAUGCCAAAGUGACGUAUUCGGCAUUGCCUGGCAACAUCGGUGACCUCCCCUUCUCCUCCUCCAUCUCCAUAAACUCCGAAAACGGGAACGUGUACGCUCUGCAGUCUCUGGAUUUUGAGCAAACGAGGGAUUUCCAGGUUACAGUGAGAGCUGCAGAUGGCGGGUCCCCUCCACUGAGCUCUGAAGUCAUUGUCCGAGUUGUGAUAAUUGAUGAAAAUGACAACGCCCCCUUUAUUUUAUACCGUCUUCAGAACAGCACUUCUCCAUUUAAUCACCUGGUUCGCAGUGCAACAAAAGCUGGUUACCUUGUGACCAAGGUGGUGACUGUGAAUGGAGAUUCUGGUCAGAAUUCUUGUCUUUCCUGCCAAUUGCUAAAGGCCACUGAUAUAGGUCUCUUCACUGUCGGACUGAAAAUGCUGAAAAAAAUCACAAUACCAAUUAUGGAGCGAGACUCCUUUAAGCAAAAACUAGAUGUCAUUCUUAAAGACAAUGGAUCCUGCCCCCAAUCCACUUCUGCGAUGCUAAAUUUACUGCUGUUGGAUGGGUUUUCAGAUGCGCGUAUGCAAUUCAGUGACAUAACUACGGAAGAGGAAUAUGAUGGGAUAUUGAGAAUAUACUUAAGUUAUCUCUUUGGCUUCAAUUUCGUUGUUCUACUUGUUUCUGUUGUGGCCUGUAAUGCCAUAAAAUAUAUAAGACAAGAGAAUCAGGAGAAAUACACUGAUCUGCUUCUUCCAAUUGCCAUGGGAGACACAUUUUUUUCGAAUGAUUGUGUAGAAGCCAGGACUGGAUCCCUUCCCCACACUUACCUAUAUGAUGUUUGCUUAACAAGUAGGUCCAUCACUAGUUAGUUCUAGUUUAUUAGG